AUUUGCAAAUGCUCUCAUUUUCGUAUUUCUCUUCUCCAAAAGCACAACAACAAACAAAAAGCACAACCCUGAUCUCUCUCUGUCUCAUCUAAUCCUUCUACCCCUUCUUCGGCUACUUCUCAGCCUCCCCUUCGUUAUCACCGUACCCACUCUCAACUCUACCGCCACCAACUUCCCUUUCAAUUCUGUUAUUCGUUUCACCGAAUUGGUUUAUUGUCUCACGCCAAAUGAAUUUUCCUCGUUGAAGCCGGCUUUUAAUUCUCAUCGCUUUUUGAAUUCCGCCUUCAAUUUUCUCUGUUUUAGUAUAAUUCAGGGCAAUGAAGGGUGUUAGAGACUGGGUUUUCUCUCAGUUAUUGUCAAAUUCACUGGCAUCAUCCGGGCCCCUGUCAAGCGGUAGAAGUUUCUUUCAUGGAGGAUCUCCUGAUGAAGAGUUUGACGACCGAGCUCACACAUCCAGUUUGGUAGCACCACCAGUAUCUCCUGAUGCAUCAUGCGUUUCUGAUGUUAAUCAGGGUUAUGGACCUCAUCAAUCGCUGCAACAAGUUCUAGUUGAAGAUUCCACUCGAUCUAAUAGUCAUAAUGUUGAUGAAAAGAAGAUGGGUCCUUCGGCAAAGAUUGAAGAUCUCCAAAUUAAGUUCCUGCGUCUUAUUCAACGUGUUGGGCACAGACAUGAUGGUCUCUUGGUAGCCAAAGUUUUAUAUCGGAUACACUUGGCAACUUUGAUACGAGCUGGAGAAUCAGAUAUGAAAAUGGUCAACCUCAGAACUGACAGAGUUAGAGCAAUAGCAAGAGAUCAAGAGGCGGCUGGUCUACCUGAAUUGGAUUUCUCAAUUAGAAUACUUGUACUGGGAAAAACAGGGGUUGGUAAGAGUGCAACCAUAAAUUCUGUAUUUGAUCAAAUAAAGACUGAGACUGGUGCAUUUCGACCUGCAACAGAUCACAUCCAAGAGGUUGUGGGAACUGUUAGUGGGAUAAAAGUAACUUUCAUUGAUACCCCUGGUUUUUUACCUUCUUCUGCAAGGAGUAUAAGGAGAAAUAGGAAGAUUAUGCUCUCUGUCAAGAAAUUCAUUAAAAAAUCACCACCAGACAUUGUUUUAUAUUUUGAACGUCUCGAUCUCAUCAACAUGGGCUAUAGUGAUUUUCCACUUUUGAAGCUAAUGACUGAAGCUUUUGGUUCUGCAAUUUGGUUUAACACCAUCCUUGUCAUGACUCAUUCGUCAACUCUUCCUGAUGGACCCAGUGGGUAUCCUGUUAGCUAUGAAUCAUAUGUGAGCCAAUGCACAGAUUUGGUGCAACAUUACAUACACCAGGCAGUAUCUGACUCCAGAAUUGAAAACCCUGUGCUUUUAGUGGAAAAUCAUCCUCAGUGUAGAAAAAAUGUGAGGGGGGAACCUAUCCUUCCAAAUGGACAGGUUUGGAGGUCUCAUUUCUUGUUAUUAUCCAUAUGUACCAAAGUUCUUGGUGAUGCUAACUCCCUUUUGGAAUUUCAAGACAGCAUCGAAUUGGGGCCCUUGAAUAAUGCCCGACUUCCUUCUGUUCCUCAUCUCCUUUCCUCUUUUCUCCGUCAUCGCUCAUUAUCAAGUCCAACUGCAGCAGAGAGUGAAAUGGAUGAAAUAUUUGUUUCGGACAUGGAUGAAGAAGAUGAAUAUGAUCAGUUACCAUCAAUACGGAUUUUGACAAAAGCCCAGUUUGAGAGAUUGACAAAAUCCCAGAAAAGAUCCUAUCUUGAUGAGCUUGAUUGCCGAGAGAUUCUUUAUUUGAAAAAACAGAUGAAAGAAGAGUUUCAAAGGCGGAAGGAGAUUAAGCUUUCCAAGGAGGAAAAUUCCCCCAAUGACAAUAAUCCUGAUAAUGAGGUAUAUCCAGAGGCCAUGAUGCUACCAGAUAUUGCAGUCCCUCCUAGUUUUGACCCAGAUUUCCUGUCCCACAGAUACCGCUGCCUUGUGACAAGUGACCAGUGGCUUGUGAGGCCUGUUCUUGACCCCCGUGGAUGGGAUCAUGAUGUUGGCUUUGAUGGAAUUAAUUUGGAGACAGCUUUGGAAAUAAAACAGAAUGUCCUUAUCUCAGUUGCCGGACAGACAAGCAAGGACAAGCGUGAUUUCAGUAUUCAGUCAGAGUUUGCUGCUGCCUACGAGGAUCCUAAGGGGCCUACUUACUGUGUUGGUCUGGAUGUUCAAUCUGCUGGUAAAGAUCUGAUCUAUACAAUUCACAGCAACACAAAAAUGAGGAAUCUCAAGCAGAAUGUUACUGACUUGGGGGUUUCUUUGACAUCUUUUGGGAACAAGUAUUAUCUUGGCACAAAGCUUGAAGAUGCCUUACUGAUUGGGAAACGACUGAAGUUGGUAAUGAAUGCUGGCCGAAUGGGGGGUCCAGGACAAGCUGCAUAUGGCGGGAGUUUUGAAGCAAUUUUAAGAGGGAGAGACUACCCAGUGAGGAAUGACAGCAUCAGUUUGACAAUGACAGCUCUCUCUUAUAAUAAAGAGCUAGUAUUAGGUGGAGUUUUCCAAUCUGAGUUCCGGCCAAGUCGAGGGAUGAAAAUGUCGGUCAAUGGUAAUCUAAAUAGCAGGAAAAUGGGACAGGUUGGUAUAAAAUUGACUAGCUCAGAGCAUAUGGAAAUUGCUUUUAUUGCAGUUUUUGCAAUUUUCAAGGGUCUAUUCCGUAGAAAUGCACCUAAAGAUAGAAGCACGGAAGCAUUGGAUAGAUGUUAAGUUUUGGCUUUUUGAUACCAAUGAGAAAUGAAUUUUGCGGUGGCCUGUGCCCUGGAAUUUUCACCUUAAUUUUUAGGUUAGUAUUGGAGAAGUGUGGCAGGGAAAGGUAUGGAUAGACACAGUUGCGAUGUUGUCUGAAAACCCAUAAAACUCUGGUUCGAUUUCUCACUACAGAAUGCUGUUAGAGGUGGCGUUUAUGGCCACAGAGGUUAUCAUCAGGUAAAUUGGUGAUAAUUGUACAGGAAAUCACUGAGUGAGUUUUUCUUCAGAUUUAUGUAGUAAGUCGAAAUAGAAAUAAGACAACCAAAAUCUGUUUUUCUACUUCAUAAUAAAAUCAGAGCGUUGCUGCAAGCAAUGUAUCAUGAUUACUAUAUAUAAGGAGUUGGGAUUCUGUUGAAAUGGAAAGUGUGAUUGAUAGAA